UGGGCUGGGCCUGAUCCUGAUUCAGGUUGUUCUAUGCAAAGUUGGCGCUCGCGCUGUGUUUUGCCAGUCGCUCAGCAGCGUUUGCAGAAGGCAGCAGUUGGCAGUUGUCAGUUGGCCGCGUUACCCCAUUUUGGCCAGAAGCUGUGCAUAAACAAACACAAUUGGUUAAGCAGGAUGGGCAACAAAAUUGUGACAUUCACCGAACAGCAAUUGGAUGACUAUCAGGAUUGCACGUUUUUCACACGCAAGGAGAUUCUGCGCGUGCAUAAACGCUUUCGUGAGCUGCGUCCGGAUUUGGUGCCACGCCAAAUGACCGAGGGUCAGGCCUCAAGUGUCAAGGUUCCACGCGAAUGCAUUGAGAAGAUGCCCGAGUUGCGUGAGAAUCCCUUUCGGCGACGUAUCUGCGAGGCAUUCUCACGCGAUGGCCUGGGCAAUUUAUCCUUUGAGGACUUCUUGGAUGCUUUAUCCGUGUUUAGCGAGCAGGCGCCCAGAGAUAUUAAAGUUUUCUACGCUUUCAAAAUUUAUGAUUUCGAUCAAGACGGCUUCAUUGGGCACGCCGACCUGAUGUCCUGCCUGACAACAAUGACCAAAAACGAGCUAAGUCCGGAGGAGCACCAACAGAUUGCCGACAAGGUAAUCGAGGAGGCGGACGUCGACGGCGACGGCAAGCUAUCAAUAUUGGAGUUCGAGCAUGUCAUACUGCGCGCCCCCGACUUUCUCUCCACCUUCCACAUUCGAAUAUAA